AUGCCUCUCGGAUUUGCUUAUAGUGCGUCGGAAAAUGCGGACAUGGUCGGCAUUCUUUUUAAGAUGUCCAUUGAUCCUUGUGUUAAAUCAGCACCAUUUGCUUUCGUCAAAGAAGUGAGUUCUAUUAAGGGCGAAGAUGAAAUUCUUUUCUCGAUGCAUACCGUCUUUCGAGUGAGUGCAAUUAAACAAAUGGAUGAUGAGAAUCAACUUUAUGAAGUUGAAUUACAAUUAACAUCGGAUGAUGACCAACAAUUACGAUUGCUUACUAAUCGGAUACGAAAAGAAGUUGAUGGUACUGGAUGGCAAAGAUUGGGUACCUUAUUGCUUAAAAUUGGUGAAUUUAAUAAAGCUGAAGAACUUUAUAACGUAUUACUCGAACAGACAUCUGAUGAGAGUAAAAAAGGGUCUUACUAUAAUCAACUUGGAAGUGUCCAUUUGAACAAAGGUGAUUAUCAUAAAGCUAUUUGGUAUUACAAACAAAAUCUAAAAAUUCAACAGAAAAAGUUUUCUUCAAAUCAUCCUGAUUUGGCCACUUCCUACAACAACAUUGGUAGUGUGUAUAGAAACAUGGGAGAGUACCCGAAAGCACUUUCAUUUUACGAAAAAGCACUUGAUAUAAUCAAAAGAACUCUCCCUUCAAAUCAUCAACAUUUCCCUUCUUUAUACAACAACAUCGGUAGCGUGUAUAACAGCAUGGGAGAGUACCCGAAAGCACUUUCAUUUUACGAAAAAGCAUUUGAAAUAAUCAAAAGAACUCUUCCUCCAAAUCAUCCUGAUUUAGCUACUUCAUACAACAACAUCGGUGGUGUGUGUAACAACAUGGGAAAGUACUCGAAAGCACUUUCAUUUUAUGAGAAAGACCUUGAAAUUUGUCAAAAAACUCUUCCUUCUAAUCAUCCUUCAUUGGCUACUUCAUACAACAACAUUGGUAAUGUGUAUAACCACAUGAGAGAGUACUCAAAAGCAAUUUCAUUUUACGAAAGAGACCUUAAAAUUUGUCAAAAAGCUCUUCCUUCAAAUCAUCCUUCAUUGGCUACUUCAUACAACAACAUCGGUAAUGUGUAUAACAACAUUGGAGAGUACUCGAAAGCACUUUCAUUUUAUGAAAAAGCACUUAAAAUUGAUCAAAAAACUCUUCCAUGGAAUCAUCCUAAUUUCGCUACUUCGUUCAGCAACAUUGCUAAAUUGUAUUACAGUAUGAAAGACUAUUCGGAAGCACUGUCAUAUUUUGAACGUGCUCUGGACAUAUUUCAACGUGCGUUAUCUACAACUCAUCCACAUAUUAGAGAUGUGAAAGAGAGUAUUGAAAUUGUCAAAAAGAAAUUAUAA